GAGGAUUCAGGCUCACCAUGGAAACAGCCGCGGCAGCAAACAGGCCCAUUGGAGGGGGCGGGCCGGUUGGCGGGCGCCUGAGAGAAGGGGGCAGCAAGCGGCAGCCGCUGCGGCGCAGCUCCUGGAGGAGAUGGAGAACGGGGAAGGGGGCCCACAAGCUGCGGCUGCUCAUCCGAGCCAGUCCGACUCCGAUCACCACCACCCCAGGCCGACUCAGCCCAUCGCUCCAAUGGAGAAUAUCAAAGAAAUGCAGCAAAAGCUGAAGGAGGAGAAAGAGGCCAAACGAGCUCACCUGGAUGGUAGACAUGAUUAUAUAUUGUCAAUUGUUGCUUCCUGUGUGGGUCUUGAGAAAACGGAAGUGGAAGAUGCUAUUCUGGAAGGAAAUCAGAUUGAGCGUAUUGACAAAUUUUUCACUGUGGGAGGUUUUCGUCAUAUCAUGUUCUACUAUCAAGAUGUGGAGGCAUCUGACACAGGACAUGGUGGUCCAACGGGAGCCAAGUCACACUCUGCCAAGAGCAGAAAGCCUAAAGUAUUUGUGACAGAGGGAAGUGAUGUUGCCUUAAUGGGCAUAUGUGUAUUCUUCAUUAGAACUAAUUCUUCCAAAGCAGUCACUACAGAGAACAUUCAUCGUGAAGUGGCUUUUAAUAUGCUGGAUACUGCUCAAGGUGGUUUGCUGAACAGUAUUCAGCACUUGCUCUCGGACAUCUUCAUUCCAGCUCUGAAGACUAUGAACUAUGGCUGGGGAGAAUUGAGUGGUCCCCAGAAAGGGGCUAAUGUUAAACAGGACUUCCUUGCUUCUCUAGAGGGAUUUGUUAGUGUCCUUGCAGGAGCCCAACAGAGCUUGAUGGAGAAGGUGAACCUGAAGAAUUGUGAAACCUAUGAUUUGAAAACCCUAAAAGGUCCUACAGACUACUUGAUUGCAGCAAACAGCAUGGAGACUCUGGAACGAAUAGAGGCCUGCAUGAAAGUGUGGAUUAAACAAAUUGAACAGGUCAUUGCAGAAAAUGACCAACUACGAAAGGAAGCAGAUGACCUUGGCCCUCGAGCAGAGCUGGAUCAUUGGAAGAAGCGACUUUCCAAGUUUGAUUACUUGUUAGACCAGCUCAAGACCUCCGAUGUGAAGGCUGUGCUUGGAGUGCUUACUGCUGCUAAAUCCAAACUUCUCAAGAACUGGAGAGAGCUGGAUGCUAGGAUCACUGAUGCAGCCAACGAAGCCAAAGACAAUGUGAAGUACUUGUACACCCUUGAAAAAUGCUGUGAUCCUCUAUACAACAGUGACCCUGUGGCCAUGGUAGAUGCUAUUCCAGGACUCAUACAUGCUAUCAAAAUGAUCCACAAUAUCUCACGCUAUUACAACACCUCUGAGAAGAUAACCUCCCUGUUUGUGAAGGUUACAAAUCAAAUGAUAACUGCCUGUAAAGCAUAUAUUACGAACAACAACACUGCCACCAUCUGGGAUCAACCACAAGAUGCUGUUUUGGAAAAAAUAGAAGCUGCUAUAAGGCUUAAGCAGGAAUACCAAAACUGUUUUCACAAGACCAAAGAAAGACUGGAACAAAGUCCAGCUGAACGACAGUUUGAUUUUAGUGAGAUGUAUAUUUUUGGAAAAUUUGAAACCUUUCAUCGCCGUCUACUUAAGAUCAUGCACAUCUUCAGUACUAUCACAACCUAUUCGGUUUUGCAAGACUCCAAGAUGGAAGGACUGGAAGUCAUGGCAACUAAAUACCAGAGCAUUGUUGUCACCAUGAAGAAAAAGCAGUACAACUUUUUAGAUCAGAGGAAAACUGAUUUUGACCAGGACUAUGAAGAGUUUUGCAAGCAAACAAAUGACCUUCAUCAACAAUUACUGUCAUUUAUGGAUAUUACUUUUGAAAAGAUCACAAACACUGAAAGAGCCCUUGAUAUGCUGAAGAAAUUUGAACGGCUAGGAAUCCCUAACCUUGGCAUUGCUGACAAAUACCAGAUAAUCCUUCAGAACUAUGGCCAUGACAUUGAGAUGGUCUCUAAGCUCUACUCCAAGCAAAAGAAUGAUCCCCCAAUGGCUCGUAAUCUUCCACCCAUGGCUGGUAAGAUCUUGUGGGCACGGCAGUUGUUCCACAGAAUCCAGGAACCCAUGAACCUUUUCCAGCAGCAUUCUACAGUACUGAAAACAGCAGAAGCCAAGCCCAUAAUCCGCAACUAUAACAGGGUGGCCAAAGUCCUUCUAGAGUUUGAAGUUAUCUACCACAGAGGAUGGCUUCAGCAGGUUGAAUUAACCAAAGCAGGACUUCAGGCGUCUUUAUUGGUGAAAGCUCCAGAAACUGGAGAAAUAUUUGUGAAUUUUGACCCAGAGAUCCUCACGUUAAUAAGGGAAACAGAAUGCAUGUCACGCAUGGGAUUGGAAAUUCCACCAUUUGCCAUUGCCCUUCAACAAAAACGCAGCUCCUACCAACAAAACUUCAAUAAACUGCAGAUGAUGCUGGCAGAGUACAAGAGAGUGAAGUUGAAAAUCCAGGCUCCCCUUAAUAUACUAAUGACUCCACAUUUGGCUAAAGUGGAUGAUACCAUCCAGCCUGGGAUGACUACAUUGACCUGGACAUCCCUGAAUAUUGAGCAGUACCUACAAAGUGUUUUAGAUAAACUUGCUGACCUUGAACUUCUGCUUGAUCGAGUAAAUGACUUGAUAGAAUUUCGGAUUAAUGCUGUUCUUCAAGAAAUGAGCGCUGUGCCUCUCUGCAGCCUCCCUGAAGAUGAUCCACUUACCUGCGAGGAAUUCCUUCACAUGACACAGGAACUGUGUAUUAAAGGAGCAUGCACAUUGCAUCUGAAAAGCUCACUGGUAGAAGAAGCAGCAAAUGAACUUAUUAAUACAUUGCUAGACACUGAUGUACAAAACAAAGGGGAUACUGAUGAUAAGCUUCUGAGUGCAAGCAAAACUGAGGAAACAAAUGAAGCAGUAGAAGAGGAUGGGCGAUUGGAUCCCUUGGCAUCUUCACACACGGGCAGCCAGAUUUCAGCUGGAUUAUCUUCCCCUUUAACCAAGAGAAAAAGGAAAGAAAUGGAAAUGCUAGAGGAAGAAGCCCAAGAACUAUUGUCCCAUUUCAGCCAUCGCAAUGGUGAUGCCCUUCUGAAGGUUACCCGCAACACUCUGGAGGCCAUACGCAAGCGGAUUAAUGCUACUUCUGUGACCAGCUUCUUAGAUCAUGAGAAUGCCUCCAAGCAGAAACAGAAUGCUCAGCCCAUCUUUAAGGCUAGUGUUAUCCUUUCUAUCCCAAAUUUUGCUAUGAUGCCAGCUCUUGAAGAAGUACAACAAACACUCAACAAAGCUGUGGACAGUAUUGUAAGUGUUAUGAAAGGAGUUGGCCAGUGGAGUAAAGAGAGACUUUCAAAGAAAAAGAUGCUAGAAAGAAAAAUGGCAGCUUUACGGAGUGAUGGAGAUAGUGAUCCCGAGAGUGAAAUGAAAGAAACUGAAGUUGGAAACAUCCGUGAUACGGCUUCAGAUACUACCUCUCUGAUUUUGCCUUCUAUCCAAAACAAGAACUACUAUAAAGGCAUUUCAGAGAAUAAGGAAAUCAUUAAACUGAUGUCUGUUCUCAGCUCAACCAUCAAUUCCAGCAAAAGGGAGGUUCUUGCAGCCUUGGAACGUUUUAAAUGUUAUCACCACAUUUGGAAGAAGGAGAAAGAGGAAACCAUUGAAAAUUUCAUAAAAGAAAGCCCUUUGCUCUCUGAAUUUGAAUCUCAGAUCCUUUAUUAUAGAGACUUGGAACUAGAAAUUAACUCUGAGCCUGAAUACAUAUGUGUGGGAACUGUUGCACUUUACACUGCAGACCUCAAGUUGGCCCUUACCAUGGAAACAAAAGCUUGGAUGAUUGCAUUUGGACGUCACUGUAACAAAAAAUACAGGACAGAGAUGGAAAAUAUCUUCACAUUUGUAGAAGAAAUCAGCAAAAAACUGAACCGUCCAAUCAAAGACUUGGAUGAUAUAAGAAUAGCUAUGGCUGCAUUGAAAGAGAUCAGAGAGCAGCAGAUCCCCAUAGACUUCCAAGUGGGACCAAUUGAGGAGUCCUAUGCGAUGUUAAACAAGUAUGAAUUACUGGUAGCAAAGGAAGAGAUGGAAAAGGUAGACACACUGCGCUACACCUGGGAGAAACUGCUGGUCCGAGCAAAUGAAGUGCAGAAUGAGUUGGUAGCAUUACAGCCCAAAUUCAGAGGAGAGCUAAUAAGCACAGUGGAGAUAUUUGUUGAAGACUGUGAUCAGUACUACUUGGAUUAUGACACGAAUGGCCCCAUGAUUGCUGGUCUUGAACCCCAAGAAGCUAGUGACAGACUGAUCAUGUUCCAGAAUCAAUUUGACAACCUUUAUCGGAAAUACAUCACCUACACUGGAGGCGAAGAGCUAUUCGGUUUGCCUGUUACUCAGUAUCCUCAACUCCUUGAGAUAAAAAAGCAACUGAACUUGCUACAGAAGCUUUACAGCCUGUACAACAAUGUCAUCGAGACUGUGAAUGGCUACUAUGAUAUCCUCUGGUCAGAAGUGAACAUUGAGAAGAUUAACAACGAACUCCUUGAGUUUCAGAAUAGAUGUCGUAAACUACCCCGUGCUUUGAAAGAAUGGCAAGCAUUUCUGGAUCUGAAGAAGACAAUUGAUGACUUCAAUGAAUGUUGCCCUUUACUUGAGCUGAUGUCCAAUAAAGCCAUGAUGGCACGUCACUGGAAACGCAUCACAGAUCUCACUGACCAUAAUUUUGAUGUUGAAAAUGAGACUUUCAAACUAAGAAACAUUAUGGAAGCACCGUUGUUGAAGUACAAAGAAGAAAUAGAGGAUAUCUGCAUCAGUGCAGGGAAGGAGAGGGAUAUUGAACAGAAGCUGAAACAAGUGAUUGCCGAGUGGGACAACAAAACAUUUACCUUUGCCAACUUUAAAACCCGUGGGGAGCUGCUCUUGAGAGGAGACAGCACUUCCGAAACUAUUGCAAGCAUGGAGGACAGCUUGAUGAUUCUGGGUUCUCUAAUGAGCAACAGGUACAAUACCCCAUUCAAGACUCAAAUACAAAAGUGGGUACACUACUUGUCGAACACAACUGAUAUUAUAGAGAAUUGGCUGACAGUGCAAAAUCUGUGGAUAUACUUAGAGGCUGUUUUUGUUGGUGGAGACAUUGCAAAACAACUUCCUAAGGAAGCCAAGCGUUUCUCUAACAUUGACAAAUCGUGGGUGAAGAUCAUGACCCGAGCCCAUGAAAUACCAAAUGUGGUCCAGUGCUGUGUUGGAGAUGAAACUAUGGGACAACUGCUGCCCCAUUUGUUGGAACAGCUGGAAAUCUGUCAAAAAUCUCUUACAGGGUACUUGGAGAAAAAGCGGCUUUCGUUUCCCCGUUUCUUCUUCGUGUCGGACCCUGCUCUCCUGGAGAUUCUAGGCCAGGCUUCAGAUUCUCACACAAUACAGGCUCACUUGCUGAAUGUCUUUGAUAACAUAAAAACUGUAAAAUUCCAUGAUAAGGUUUAUGAUCGGAUCCUUUCAGUUUCCUCAAGAGAGGGUGAGACAAUUGAGUUGGAAAAGCCUGUAAUGGCAGAAGGCAAUGUAGAAGUUUGGCUCAACUCACUUCUGAAGGAGUCCCAAGGCUCACUGCAUCUUGUGAUUCGACAGGCAGCUGCAAGUAUCCAGGAAGCAGAUUUCCAACUAAUAGAAUUUCUUUCUUCUUAUCCGGCCCAGGUUGGCUUGCUGGGAAUUCAAAUGAUCUGGACGCGAGAUGCUGAAGAAGCACUGACAAAUGCAAAAUAUGAUAAGAAAAUAAUGCAGAAAACAAAUCAGUUUUUCCUGGACCUCUUGAACACACUGAUAGACAUGACUACGAAAGAUCUGAGUCCAGUGGAACGUAUUAAAUAUGAGACACUGAUCACCAUUCAUGUGCACCAAAGAGACAUAUUUGAUGACCUGUGUCGUAUGCAUAUCAAGAGUCCUACAGAUUUUGAGUGGCUGAAGCAAUGCAGAUUUUAUUUCAAUGAAGAUGCAGACAAGAUGAUGAUUAAUAUCACAGAUGUGCCCUUCACAUAUCAGAAUGAAUUUUUGGGCUGUACAGACAGGCUUGUCAUCACUCCUCUCACAGACAGGUGUUACAUUACUUUGGCUCAAGCCUUAGGAAUGAGCAUGGGGGGAGCACCUGCCGGGCCUGCAGGAACUGGCAAAACGGAAACAACCAAAGACAUGGGAAGGUGCCUUGGAAAAUACGUUGUGGUCUUUAAUUGUUCUGACCAGAUGGAUUUUAGAGGACUGGGGAGAAUCUUUAAAGGUCUUGCUCAGUCUGGAUCCUGGGGCUGCUUUGAUGAGUUUAACCGCAUUGAUUUACCAGUGUUAUCUGUUGCUGCACAGCAAAUUGCAAUUGUUCUGACAUGUAAGAAGGAGCGCAAGAAGAAUUUCAUUUUCACAGAUGGGGAUAAUGUGGAAAUGAACCCUGAAUUUGGACUCUUUUUGACUAUGAAUCCUGGAUACGCUGGCCGUCAAGAACUGCCUGAAAACCUGAAGAUCAACUUCCGCUCAGUGGCCAUGAUGGUUCCAGAUCGACAGAUUAUCAUCCGUGUCAAACUGGCUAGCUGUGGGUUCAUUGAUAAUAUUGUGCUGGCAAGGAAGUUCUUUACCCUCUAUAAGCUCUGUGAAGAACAAUUAUCAAAGCAGGUGCAUUAUGACUUCGGUUUAAGGAAUAUCUUGUCUGUAUUGCGGACAUUGGGAGCAGCCAAAAGAUCAAACCCUGAUGACACAGAAUCCACCACUGUAAUGCGUGUCUUGAGAGACAUGAAUCUUUCUAAGCUGAUUGAUGAGGAUGAGCCCUUAUUCUUGAGUCUGAUCGAAGACCUUUUCCCAAGCAUACAGCUCGACAAGGCACGCUACCCAGAGUUAGAAGCUGCCAUUAGCAAACAGGUUGAAGACGCUGGCUUGAUUAAUCACCCACCAUGGACACUGAAAGUUAUUCAGCUGUUUGAAACACAGAGAGUGAGGCAUGGCAUGAUGGCUCUAGGUCCUAGUGGGGCAGGAAAAACAACGUGCAUCCACACCCUUAUGAAAGCUAUGACAGACUGUGGGCAGCCCCACCGUGAAAUGAGAAUGAAUCCCAAGGCCAUCACCGCACCUCAGAUGUUUGGACGCCUUGACGUCGCAACCAAUGAUUGGACAGAUGGGAUUUUCUCUACUCUUUGGAGGAAAACAUUGAGAGCUAAGAAAGGAGAACACAUCUGGAUAGUUCUUGAUGGUCCUGUUGAUGCAAUUUGGAUUGAGAACCUGAAUUCAGUGCUGGAUGAUAACAAAACAUUAACACUAGCUAAUGGUGAUCGAAUCCCUAUGGCACCAAACUGUAAAAUUGUUUUUGAGCCUCAUAAUAUUGACAACGCCUCUCCAGCUACUGUAUCAAGAAAUGGCAUGGUGUUUAUGAGUUCCUCGGUUCUCAAUUGGAGCCCUGUUCUUGAGGGCUUUUUGAAGAAGCGUUCUCCACAGGAAGCUGAGAUUUUGCGUCAGUUGUAUACGGCAUCUUUCCCAGAUUUGUACUGCUACAGCAUCCAGUCUUUGGAGUCAAAGAUGAAGAUGCUGGAGGCCUUUGUGAUAAUGCAGAGCAUUAAUAUACUGCAGGGCCUGAUCCCUUGUAAGGAGCAGGGAGGAGAAAUAACAGCAGUGUACUUGGAAAGACUGUACGUCUUCUCCCUGAUGUGGAGUGUUGGAGCAGUGAUGGAAUUAGAAGACCGCUGCAAGAUGGAACAUUGGCUUCGUCAUCAUGACACUAUAAAACUUGAUCUUCCUAAUAUUACAGAAGCAUGUGAAGAUACUAUGUUUGACUACUAUGUUACCAAUGAUGGCAAAUGGAUGCACUGGAAUACCUGCGUUGAAGAAUAUGUGUGUCCUGCCAACAGCACUCUGGAGUAUGGAUCCAUCUUGGUACCAAAUGUUGACAAUGUGAGAACUGACUUCCUUAUCCAAACUAUGGCAAAGCAAUGCAAGGCAGUGCUGCUAAUUGGUGAACAGGGGACUGCUAAAACUGUCAUCAUCAAAGGGUAUAUGUCAAAAUAUAAUCCUGAAAGCCACAUGGCCAAGAGUCUGAACUUUUCAUCGGCAACAACCCCUUUCAUGUUUCAGCGCACAAUAGAAAGUUACGUGGAUAAGCGCAUGGGCACAACAUAUGGCCCACCUGCAGGAAAGAAAAUGACAGUAUUUAUUGAUGAUGUGAAUAUGCCUAUAAUCAAUGAAUGGGGAGACCAGGUAACCAAUGAGAUUGUUAGACAGCUGAUGGAACAAAAUGGGUUCUAUAACCUGGAGAAGCCUGGAGAGUUCUCCAACAUUGUAGACAUCCAGUUCUUGGCUGCCAUGAUCCAUCCUGGUGGUGGACGCAAUGACAUCCCUCAGAGACUGAAGAGGCAGUUCUCUGUUUUUAACUGCACUCUGCCUUCUAAUUCAUCCAUUGACAAGAUUUUUGGUGUGAUUGGUGUAGGACAUUAUUGUAGCCAGAGGGGCUUUUUGGAAGAAGUGAGAGCUACAGUUUGCAGGUUGGUACCACUGACUCGUCGACUGUGGCAAAUGACCAAGAUCAAGAUGCUGCCGACUCCAGCCAAAUUCCAUUAUGUGUUCAAUCUCCGCGACCUUUCCAGGAUUUGGCAAGGGAUGCUAAAUACUAUUUCAGAAGUAAUAAAUGAAUCCAAUGUGCUUCUAAAACUAUGGAAACACGAAUGUAAGCGUGUGAUUGCGGAUCGUUUCACAGCUCCUGAGGAUGUGGAUUGGUUUGAUGUGACCCUGGCAAAACUGGUUGAAGGGGAAUUUGGUGGGGAUAAAAAGGCUCUAGUAGAUCCUAGCAUUGAUGCAUACUUUGUUGACUUCCUAAGAGAUGCACCUGAAGCAACAGGUCUGGAGAAGGAAAAGUCUUUAAAAGGAGAGGAGCCAGAUGAAGCAGAAGCAGAUAUGCCAAAAAUCUAUGAGGCAAUUGAAUCUUUUAAUCAUCUGAAGGAGCGUUUGAACAUGUUCUUACAAAUAUACAAUGAGAGUAUCCGUGGAGCAGGGAUGGAUUUGGUAUUUUUUGAAGAUGCUAUGAUUCAUUUAGUAAAGAUCUCUCGUGUAAUCCGCACGCCACGUGGAAAUGCUCUGCUUGUAGGAGUUGGUGGGUCUGGAAAACAGAGCUUGACUAAACUGGCGUCAUUCAUAGCUGGCUAUGAUAUAUUCCAGAUCACAUUAACAAGGUCUUACAAUACUUCCAACCUAAUGGAAGAUCUUAAACACUUGUAUAGGACUGCUGGGCAGCAAGGAAAAGGAAUCAGCUUUAUUUUUACAGACAAUGAAAUAAAAGAUGAGGCUUUCUUGGAAUACAUGAAUAAUGUCCUCUCAUCAGGAGAAGUUUCCAACUUGUUUGCACGUGAUGAAAUAGAUGAAAUCACUGGUGAUCUCAUAUCUGUUAUGAAGAAGGAAUAUCCACGUCGGCCUCCAACCAAUGAGAACUUGUAUAAUUAUUUCAUGACCCGAGUUCGUCAGAACUUGCAUGUAGUUCUCUGCUUCUCGCCAGUGGGUGAAAAAUUCCGAAACAGAGCACUGAAGUUCCCUGCUCUUAUUUCUGGUUGUACUAUAGACUGGUUUAGUCGUUGGCCCAAAGAUGCUCUGAUUGCAGUGUCUGAACAUUUCUUGUCAUCCUAUGAAGUUGACUGCACUGAUGAAAUUAAAAAAGAGAUGGUGCAGUGCAUGGGGUCCUUCCAAGAUGGAGUUGCUGAGAAAUGUGUUGACUAUUUCCAGAGAUACCGUCGGUCAACACAUGUGACUCCCAAGUCUUACCUGUCUUUUAUUCAAGGAUAUAAAGCUAUAUACAAAGAAAAACAUGCAGAGGUGCAGACUUUGGCUAACAGAAUGAAUACCGGACUGGAGAAGCUGAAAGAGGCUUCUGAAUCAGUGGCUGCUUUGAGCAAAGAGCUGGAAGUCAAGGAAAAAGAGCUCCAGGUUGCCAAUCAAAAAGCAGAUAUGGUGUUAAAAGAAGUCACAGUAAAAGCACAGGCUGCUGAAAAGGUGAAGGCAGAAGUACAGAAAGUGAAGGACAAAGCCCAGGUUAUUGUAGACAGUAUCUCGGCUGACAAAGCUAUUGCUGAAGAAAAACUGGAGUCUGCCAGACCCGCCUUAGAAGAGGCGGAGGCUGCUCUGCAGACUAUCAAGCCUGCAGAUAUUGCCACUGUCCGGACUCUGGGUCGCCCACCUCAUCUUAUCAUGCGUAUCAUGGACUGUGUGCUGCUGCUGUUCCAGAGGAGGGUCAAUGUGGUCAAAAUGGAUGUGGAGAAAAAUUGCACCAUUCCAUCAUGGCUGGAGUCCUUGAAACUGAUGACAGCAGGGAACUUCUUACAGAACCUGCAGCAAUUUCCAAAAGAUACAAUUAAUGAAGAAGUAGUGGAGUUGUUGAGCCCUUACUUUGAAAUGGGAGACUACAACAUUGAGACAGCUAAAAGAGUUUGUGGAAAUGUGGCUGGCCUUUGCUCGUGGACUAAAGCAAUGGCUUCCUUCUUUGCUAUCAACAAGGAAGUUCUACCUUUAAAGGCUAAUUUGGCAGUCCAGGAGAACCGUCUGACAACUGCCAAUUUGGAUCUAGAGAAAGCUCAAGCCGAACUCGAUGCCAAGCAAGCUGAGCUAGAUAUUGUACAGGCCGAGUAUGAGAAGGCCAUGAGGGAGAAACAGACAUUGCGUGAGGAUGCAGAACGCUGCAGGCAUAAAAUGCAAACAGCCUCCAGUCUUAUCGGUGGAUUGGCUGGUGAAAAAGAGAGGUGGACUGAACAGAGUAAAGAGUUUGCUGCACAAACAAAGAGGCUUGUGGGGGAUGUACUGCUAGCCACAGCCUUUCUAUCCUAUUCUGGUCCUUUUAACCAAGAGUUCCGCAAUCUGUUGUUAACUGGUUGGCAAAAAGAAAUGAAAACCCGGAAAAUCCCAUUUGGAAACAAUCUAAAUCUCACAGAGAUGCUGAUCGAUGCUCCUACUGUCAGUGAAUGGAACCUUCAAGGACUGCCAAAUGAUGAUCUAUCCAUACAGAAUGGCAUAAUUGUCACAAAAGCAGCUCGUUACCCUUUGCUGAUUGAUCCACAGACACAGGGCAAGAUCUGGAUUAAAAACAAGGAAACCAGGAAUGAAUUGCAGAUCACCUCUUUGAAUCACAAAUAUUUUAGAAACCACUUGGAGGAUAGCCUUUCACUUGGUAGACCACUGUUAAUUGAAGAUGUUGGUGAAGAGCUGGAUCCAGCUUUGGAUAAUGUGCUGGAAAAAAACUUCAUCAAAACAGGUUCAACAUACAAGGUAAAAGUUGGGGAUAAAGAAGUGGAUGUAAUGAAUGGCUUCAGACUUUAUAUUACCACCAAGCUUCCAAAUCCUGCAUAUACCCCUGAGAUUAGUGCUCGCACUUCUAUCAUUGAUUUUACUGUCACCAUGAAGGGUCUAGAAGAUCAGCUCCUAGGAAGAGUCAUUGUGACUGAAAAACAGGAGUUGGAGAAAGAGAGAACUGAUCUUAUUGAAGAUGUGACUGCUAACAAAAGAAAGAUGAAAGAGCUGGAAGAUAACUUGCUGUAUCGACUGACAAGCACACAAGGUUCUCUAGUGGAAGAUGAGAGUCUCAUUGUUGUACUCAGUAACACAAAGAAGACAGCAGAAGAGGUGACACAGAAAUUGCAAAUUUCUGCUGAGACUGAAAUACAAAUUAACUCAGCCCGGGAGGAAUAUAGACCAGUUGCUACAAGAGGCAGCAUUCUCUAUUUCCUGAUAACUGAGAUGAGCAUGGUUAAUGUCAUGUAUCAAACAUCUCUUCGACAGUUCUUGGGGUUGUUUGAUCUUUCACUUGCCAGGUCUGUCAAGAGCCCAAUUACCAGCAAGAGAAUCGCAAAUAUCAUUGAGCAUAUGACCUAUGAAGUGUAUAAGUAUGCUGCACGAGGGCUUUAUGAGGAGCACAAGUUCCUUUUCACAUUGCUGCUGACAUUGAAGAUUGACCUGCAGCGGGGCAAAGUCAAGCACGAGGAGUUCCUAACAUUGGUUAAAGGUGGGGCUUCUCUGGAUCUGAAGGCUUGUUCCCCUAAGCCAGCUAAAUGGAUCCUGGAUAUGACGUGGUUAAAUUUGGUGGAGCUUAGUAAACUGAGACAAUUCUCGGAUGUUCUUGACCAAAUCUCACGAACGGAAAAGCAGUGGAAAAUUUGGUUUGACAAGGAGACACCAGAAGAAGAACUGGUUCCCAGUGGCUAUGACCAAGCUCUGGACUGCUUCAGACGCCUCCUCCUCAUUAGGUCUUGGUGUCCUGAUAGAACCAUAGCUCAGGCAAGGAAAUAUAUUAUGGAUACCAUGGGAGAAAAAUAUGCAGAAGGGGUCAUCUUAGAUUUGGAGAAGACCUGGGAGGAAUCUGAUCCAUGCAUGCCUCUCACUUGCUUCCUUUCCAUGGGUUCUGAUCCUACCGAUUCUAUCAUUGCUCUGGGGAAAAGACUGAAGAUUGAGACACGUUAUGUUUCUAUGGGCCAAGGGCAAGAGGUCCAUGCACGCAAACUUCUGCAGCAAACCAUGGCACAUGGUGGAUGGGCACUUUUGCAGAACUGCCAUCUAGGUCUUGACUUCAUGGAUGAGUUGAUGGAUACUAUUGUGGAAACGGAGACUGUUCAUGAGGAUUUUCGCUUGUGGAUGACUACAGAGGUUCACAAACAUUUCCCCAUUACCCUUCUACAAAUGUCUAUCAAAUUCACCAACGAGCCUCCUCAAGGACUCAAAGCUGGCCUCAAGAGAACUUACGGAGGUGUGAGUCAGGAUCUUCUGGAUAUCAGCAACAUGGCACAGUGGAAACCAAUGCUGUAUGCUGUGGCCUUUCUACACUCCACAGUCCAGGAAAGAAGAAAAUUUGGACCUCUAGGAUGGAACAUUCCCUAUGAGUUCAACCAAGCUGAUUUCAAUGCCACGGUGCAGUUUGUUCAGAAUCAUUUGGAUGACAUGGACAUCAAAAAGGGGGUAUCUUGGAGUACUGUUCGUUACAUGAUAGGGGAGAUUCAGUAUGGUGGAAGGGUUACUGAUGACUAUGACAAAAGGCUGCUUAAUACAUUUGCUAAAGUGUGGUUCAGUGAAACCAUGUUCAGCCAAGAUUUCUCCUUCUAUAAAGGCUAUAGCAUACCAAAGUGCACUGCAGUGGAUCAAUAUCUUCAGUACAUACAGGGCCUGCCUGCUUAUGAUACUCCAGAAGUGUUUGGGCUGCAUCCCAAUGCAGACAUUACUUACCAGAGCAAGCUUGCAAAAGAUGUGCUGGACACCAUCCUCAGCAUUCAGCCUAAAGACAGCUCUAGUGGAGGAGGUGAGACCAGAGAGGCUGUGGUUGCUAGACUGGCUGAUGACAUGCUGGAGAAGCUUCCUGCAGACUAUGCACCAUUUGAGGUAAAGGAGAGACUGCAGCACAUGGGAGCAAUCCAGCCUAUGAACAUCUUUCUGCGACAGGAAAUUGAUAGAAUGCAGAGGAUUAUUUGCCUGGUGCGAAACACUCUGACAGAUCUAAAACUUGCCAUUGAUGGAACCAUAAUAAUGAGUGAGAACCUCCGAGAUGCUUUGGAUUGUAUGUACGAUGCAAGGAUUCCAGAACGCUGGAGAAAGGCAUCUUGGGCUUCUAGCACUCUUGGAUUUUGGUUUACUGAGCUUCUGGAAAGGAACAAGCAAUUUCAUUCUUGGAUAUUUGAGGGUCGACCAAACUGCUUUUGGAUGACAGGAUUCUUCAACCCUCAGGGCUUUUUAACUGCAAUGAGACAGGAAAUUACCCGAGCGAACAAGGGAUGGGCACUUGACAGCGUAGUUCUGUGCAAUGAGGUCACCAAGUGGAUGAAGGAUGACAUCACAGGUCCUCCUUCUGAAGGUGUCUACGUUUAUGGCCUCUAUCUAGAAGGAGCUGGCUGGGACAAAAGGAACAUGAAGCUCAUAGAAUCGAAACCUAAGGUGCUCUUCGAACUGAUGCCAGUCAUAAAGAUAUAUGCGGAAAACAACAUACUGAGAGAUCCACGCCUGUACUCAUGUCCAAUCUACAAAAAACCAGUUCGGACAGAUCUGAAUUGUAUUGCUGUCGUGGACCUGCGGACCACCCAACCUCCCGAGCACUGGAUACUGCGUGGAGUUGCCCUACUGUGUGAUGUCAAGUAAUGUUCAGAGAACACCUGCAUGUUUUUAAGUGUUCUUCUCCACCACACUUUUUAGAACCACGCCCUUUCUUUCACAUUCUUCACAUGAGAAUCCACAUCAUUAAAGAGUGAAAGAGAGAGAGAAGCCACUUCACAAGGGGGUGACUGGUCAGUGUGUGUGUGUGUGUGUGUGUUUAAAAUUAAGACUAGAGUUUACCUUUUACUUUUUCUCAAAGGCUUAUGGACUUAACAGUUAGGAAAAGCUGAAUUUUACCUAGAGAGCUCAAUGGAGAGGGGAAAAAUCCUCAUUUUUCUCUAGGGGACUUUUUGUCACUAAAUUGUGCUUUUUAACACAAAGUUAAGUGACUUAGUAUAGUCAGGCAGAACUAAUUUUUCACCAUGACCUCCUAGUCUGACAAAUAUUUGGCCAUUUCUUUAGAGCAAAAAAAUGGAGUGCCAGCUUACACAUAAAAUGUGGGCUUCCCCCCACAGUUGUUGAAAGCAACCUGGCAGCAUUUUGAUGACUGACUUGCAAUGUUUCUUCAACUAACUAAGGUUUUUGCUGCCUUUUUGGCAGACUUGAAAUUCACUGGCUGCAAUCCAGAGAAAGCUGGUAUGGUAGAAGUCCUGUUGAAAUCAAUGGGAGUUGAGCACGCACCAUAUUCUCUGGAUUAUAACCUCUUUAUUGGACAGAAUGUCAGUGAACAGAGUUCAUAAGCAUAAUUCUAUAUUGUUGGGCCAGUAUUAUUCAAGGAACUGAAUGGGGAGGGGGACACCACCAUCUUUUUCUGCCUUGUUUUUCCAUUCAUGCAUUUCCUUGUUAUCAUUCCUGUCCUGUCCUGUCCUCCUUCCUUUGAUAUCCAGACUUUUCUGACUUUUUUUUUUUUAAGUGCAGUUAACAUUUCAUGUUUGGACUCAGCUGAAGAAAAAUGUAGACCAUGCCAGCCAACUUUGCUCUGUCACACUUCAUGUCAAGUCCUGUUUCUCAGUGCUAAACUACUAGCUGGAUAUCUAGAAUUUGUUAAAACAGCCUAGCUUAAGUUCAUUGAAACAGACAUCCAAACCCAAUAUGUUUCCAAAUACAAGUCCAAUAGGUUUUGACUAAGUUUAAAAGCUUUCAUCUGCAUAAGCAGCCCUUGCGUGACCUAAAACCCUUACAAUUCAGUUCUGUUGUCUAGAUUUUUUAAAGUAAUCUCCAGAAUGAUUAUGUAUAUGCUGCUUUUUUGUGUUUUUCAAAUUUAAAAUGUCAGUGCAGAAUCAAAUAUCUGAUACUCUAAUUUAAAACAAACAAGCCACCAAGUGUAUAGCUAAAUGGUUUCAGUGGUAGAACACCUGGUUUGCAUGCACAAGAAGCCAGGAUUCAUCUCAAGCACUUCUAGUUUAAAAGACUCUUGAGUGCCAGAGAUAGCAAAGACCUCUGCCUGAAAUGGUGAAGAGAAGCUAGCAGUCAGUAGAUGGUAAUGGAUAGGUGGGCAAAUGGUCUGAUUGGAUAGAAGGCAACUUCAUCUGCUCAUAAGUACAGUCAAACUUUGAAAUGUGUGGAUAUUGUCUUAAGGACCAGAAACCAAACUGAGACAGAGAACAGCUCCUCGGGGGGCAUUAACUGCCUCCCACAGUCCCCCACCUACAGCAACUAUGUCCUGCCCUCUAUAAGCCUAAUGCUUGUAAAAAGGGAGUCUUUCCUUCUGAUAUUUGUUGGUCUUGCUUUAGCUGUCUUCAGACUCAAAUUGUUUAAUGAUCUGAAUCUCUGAAACAAAAUAAAUAUUGCAAAAGGAUUA